AUCACAGUUCACUUGCAACGUUAAUUCCUUCGACAUUUAAACAAUUAAAAACAUAAAUUUCAGAAUGCAAAUCAAAGUUGUAUCAUUUCUAGUUUGUCUUGCUACAGUCAGAGCUGGUCUUUUGCCUGAUGCUUCUCCGGAGAACUUUGAUUCACAUCCCAAUUAUAACUUUAAAUAUAGUGUGGAUGAUGCCAUUACUGGUGACGUUAAAUCUCAGACUGAGACUCGUGAUGGCGAUAAUGUGCAAGGUCAAUACACCCUGAAUGAUGCUGAUGGUUACAAACGUGUAGUUGACUACUCUUCGGAUGCUGUAAAUGGUUUUAAAGCUGUUGUUCGUCGGGAGCGUUUAGAAAAUGUACCUGUGAAAAAAGUUGUGAACCAACAAGUAGUAACUAAAGCACCAAAAUAUAUUGCACCUAAGCCUAUCACUACUACUGUAGUACAUCAUCACCAACCUACUGUCUACCAUCAAACUCCUCAAACUUUACAUUUCUUACAUUCAUCCCCAGCAGCAGCAUUUGUUAAAUCAGCACCUGCUUUAAUUUCCACCACUACCCAUCAUCAUUCUCCAGCCAUAGUACAUCACAGUCCAACAGUAGUACAUCAUGCACCAGCAGCUGUAGUCCAUCAUGCUCCCGCUUUAGUUAAGACAUCGAUUAGCACACCUCAUCAUGUUUCUUACGUCCAUUAUCAUCACUAAAUCCAUGUUGUAAUUUGUUAAAUAAAGAGAAUUUCUAAAGUAAAUGAUUUC